AAUUUGGAUUGUGGAGCAGAGAAGAAAAUGAGGUGGGACUUUGUUGUUGUUACUGUUGUGGGAUUGGUACUUAGUUUUGCAGAGACAUCAAGUGGUGGAAUAACAAGCAGUUAUGUAAGGAAACAGGAAUCCUCUACUGAUAUGCCACUAGACAGUGACGUGUUUAAAGUUCCUCCUGGUUUUAAUGCUCCUCAACAGGCAAGCAUAUCUCUAUCUUUUACUUGUCCUCCUCAUUUUUCUUCAUACAGAGUUAAUUGAGGUCACGUGCUAAUCUUGAGUAAUGUGUUUUUUUUUUUUUUUUCCACUGUGAUGAGAAAGGUACAUAUAACACAAGGAGAUCAUAAAGGAAAUGGUGUUAUAGUCUCGUGGGUCACCACAGAUGAACCAGGUUCAGAUACAGUGCUUUACUGGUCUGAAACUAGUGGGGUCAGAUUACUUGCAGAAGGUUUCCAUGUUAGAUACAAGUACUACAAUUAUACUUCUGGUUACAUCCACCAUUGCACCAUCAAGAAUUUGGAGUUUGAUACUAGAUAUAACUAUGUGGUCGGGAUAGGGAAUACUACACGUAAAUUCUGGUUCGAAACUCCUCCUAAAUCAGGCCCUGAUGUCCCUUAUACUUUUGGCCUUAUAGGGGAUCUUGGUCAAACUUAUGAUUCGAAUCGGACACUAACAAGUUAUGAAUCGAAUCCGGCAAAAGGAAAGACAGUUCUGUAUGUUGGGGACCUGUCUUAUGCUGACCAUUAUCCAGAUCAUAACAACGUAAGGUGGGACACAUGGGGAAGAUUCACAGAAAGAAGUGUUGCUUACCAACCUUGGAUUUGGUCUGCAGGGAAUCAUGAAGUUGACUGGGCUCCUCAACUCGGUGAACCUAAACCCUUUAAGCCUUUUACGCACAGAUAUCAUACCCCAUAUAAAGCAUCAAAUAGCACAUCCCCUCUUUGGUACUCCAUCAAGAGAGCUUCUGCUUACGUUAUUGUCUUGUCCACUUACUCAGCUUUAGGUCAAUACACUCCUCAAAACUUCUGGCUAGAGGAAGAGCUGCCUAAAGUGGACAGGAAUGAGACACCAUGGCUUAUAGUUGUUAUGCAUGGCCCAAUGUAUAACUCUUACGUAUCUCACUAUAUGGAAGGUGAAACCAUGAGAGCUCUGCACGAGAAAUUGUUUGUCCAGCACAAAGUUGAUAUUGUCUUUGCUGGCCAUGUUCAUGCCUAUGAACGAUCUGAACCUGUGUCAAAUAUCGCAUACAAUAUCACAAACAAGGAAUGCACUCCUAAAAUUGAUCAGACUGCCCCUGUUUACAUAACCAUUGGAGAUGGAGGAAAUAUAGAAGGAUUGGCAAAGAACAUGACAGAGCCUCAACCAAACUACUCAGCCUUUCGGGAAGCAAGCUUUGGGCAUGGGAUUCUUAAAAUAAAGAACAUGACUCAUGCCCAUUGGAGUUGGUAUCGAAAUCAAGAAGUCAAUUCUGUGACUGCUGAUUCUGCAUGGUUGUUCAAUCGAUAUCACAUAUCAUCAAAAGAAUCAUCUGUAGCUGCAUCAUGAAACAAGAAAGCCAGUAGCUAGCUAGCUCUUGGUCUGCCAUGCAGAAAUAAUUAACGAUCUAAGCAUCAAAUAAACUGCAGUAAUCAAUGUUUCACCAUUGAUGUGCUGAAUAAUUUGCUUGUAAUAUUUGCUAAUCUUCUCCUCACACAAUAUACAUAUAUAUAUAUAUUUGCCUAUCUUGUGAGGCAUUUAAUUAUAAAUAAAGAUUUGUGAGUGGUUUAUGACA